CACGGAGUUAGAUUCCUGAACUCCGACUUUGGACGGCCGUGCUCUACCGUCGUUACUUCCCCUGGAUUUGCAUUCAUCAACACGCUCCUUGUUCAUUCUCAGCCAGCCAACAAAAAAACACACUCUCUUUACCGCUCUGUCCUACGCCACCAUGUUCAGCACCUCUUUCAAGUCGUUUGUCCUUGUCGCCGUGGCCCUCGCCGCGCAGGCCGUUGCUCAGAAGGCCGGCACUGUCGACAAGGUGGGCAAUUCGGGUAUUUCUGCCCAGAUGAUGUUCCUGCAGAGCAACAACCAGGUCAUCAUCAUGGACAAGAUCGAGAACAACCCCGUCAAGAGGCCCGGUUCCAACGGCCCUGCUGCCGCUGUUGCCUACAACACCAACACAAACAAACUGCAAGCCAUGGAUGUGGACCACAACCCCUUCUGCGCUGGAGGCAUGACCCUCGGUGAUGGAACGUGGGUCGUCGUUGGAGGCAACAAGGCCGUCGGCGCUGGCGGCGUCACGGCACAGAAGAACUCGUCGCCCUACUACAACUACAACGGUGGCCGGACCGUCCGCCUGCUCUCUUCAUGCAGCGGCAGCGGCUGCUCCUGGGACGAAAAGCCAAACACCAUGGUCAAGGAGCGAUGGUAUGCGACCGUUGAGCCCAUGGUCGACGGCCACGCCAUGCUCAUCUCGGGCAUGACCAACGGUGGCUUUGUCCCCAGCUCAGGCUCCCAGCAAACCUCGUACGAGUUCUACCCCAACGUCGGAGGCUCCUACAACCUGCCCCUCCUCCAGCGCACCGUGCCCCUGAGCCUGUACCCGCUCACCUUCCUCAUGUCCAGCGGUGAGGUCUGGAUGCAGGCCAACAAGGAGGCCGUCCUGUGGAACACCGACACGCUCAAGGAGAAGCGGCUGCCCAACACCAGGGUGCCCCGCGUGUACCCGGCCAGUGGCGCCGUCAUGAUGCUGCCCCUCACGCCCGCCAACAACUACCAGGAGACUAUCCUGCUCUGCGGUGGCAUGUCGCUCGGCAGCGCCGCCAACUGGGGCAACGAAGGCGGCCCCGCCACCAUGGUUACCGAGAGGCCCGCCUCGACCAUCUGCGAGCAGAGCAGCCCGCUGGUCAACGCCAACUGGGAGCAGGUCGACGACCUGCCCUCUGGUCGGUCCAUGGGCACCUUUAUCAACCUGCCCGACGGCACCGCCUGGUUCGGCAACGGUGUCACGACUGGUGUCGCUGGCUACACUACUGACCCCAAUUCGCCCGGCAAGCCCGUCGGCACCUCGUUUGCCGACAACCCCGAGCUGAGGCACUACGUCUACGACCCCAAGAAGGCAAAGGGCUCCCGCUUCACCCACGUCGGCACUGCCUCUGUCGGCCGUCUCUACCACUCGACCGCCACCCUCCUCGAGGACGGCUCCGUGCUCAUUGCCGGCUCCAACCCGUCGCCCGAUGUCAACACCAAGCAAAAGUGGAAGACGACGUGGGACGUCGAGAGGUGGUACGCGCCGUACCACGACAAGCCCCGCCCUUCCAACGCCGGUCUCCCCAACUCGUUCAGCUACGGUGGCAAUGCAUUCACCCUCACCAUGGACAGCGCCACGCAGGCGUCCAAGGCCAAGGUUGUCCUCAUCCGAACCGGCUUCUCCACCCACGGCUUCAACAUGGGCCAGCGCAUGCUCGAGCUCCGCUCCCAGGCCAACGGCAACCAGCUCCGUGUUGCCCAGGCUCCCAACAACCCCGCUCUCUUCGCCCCCGGCCCCGCGCUCGCAUUCGUCGUCGUCGACGGUGUGCCAUCGAUCGGCAAGCACGUCAUGGUCGGCAACGGUCAGAUUGGCAAGCAGCCCACGGCAGCCAACAGCAACCUCGGAGGCACCACGGCGCGCUUCGCUAACACGACUACCCCGCAGACGAGCUCGACGACCAAGGACACCAAGAGCACAACCACCACCGAGUCUGCCAAGGCCAGCAAGAGCACCACCGACAGCAAGUCCACCAAGGACAGCGACGCCGAGAGUGACGACGCCGACGACGACGACGAGAAGAAGAGCGGCAACGUCGCAGAGGACAUUGUCAACGAUGUCAUCUCAGCACGCGCUGCUACUGCCAAUGCCAGCCAGUCCAAGGCCGAUGCGAUUGCCAAGACGCUCCAGGGUGCGCCCAUCGAAGGAGAGUCGGUCACUGAUCUCUUCAAGGGCUUCUUCGAAGGCGGCCUCCAAAACACCGUCAACGACGUCCUGCAGGAGUUCAGCGACGGAAAGCUCACGGAGCACCUCUUCGGAAAGCGGUCGAGCGAGACAUUCAAGAAGCACAUGAAGAGGUCGAACAGGAACAAGCACCGCUUCGGCGACAACUGAGGAAGCCAGUCGCUUGGAACGCUCAGGUCAGGAACCAGAGCAAUCCUUCUUCUCUUUCCGUCCCUCCCGAUCCUUUACUUUUCUUCGUUGGCAAAAUCCUGCAAGACUUCUGUAUCAUCAAGUGGAUAGCUUGUGCCCUCCCAUCUUUUUCCCAUCCCCCUUUCAGCUUUUUC